AGGGGGUCUUGCGAGAGGCCGUGCUUUUGGUUUGAAUUGCCAUGGCCGACGACAAGUACCAGGAGCUUCUGGGCGAGCAGUUGCAGGCUCUCCAGGAGACUUUGUUGCAGGAGCACCGCAAGAGCAGCCACCGCCUGCACCAAGAGAAUCGCCGCCUCACGAGGGAAGUGACCACGCUGAACCAGAAGCUGGCGCAUAUCGAGAAGGAUGCGGGCAUUUGCUUUGUUGUACCUCCUGGUGAUGAGCAGCAGGACUCUGAGAGCGCAACCACAUCUCUAGAACAAUGCCAACUUCCAGAAGAAAGGCUGGGACGGUGGGCGCUGAUUUGCGCGAAGUUGUUGGACCACAGCCUCCUAGAGGACCUCGGGGAGCUUACGGGCGCCAGCCCAGUCCACGACGCAAGGACUGAGCAAUUGGACCUGACUAUGCGCCCAGAGUGGCACAUGUCGCUGAUGUCAUUUCGCCCCCUUGUGCAAAAGUCUAAGAUCAUGGAUGCUUCUAUAGCAGGGUCUGGGAAGAUCAAUGAUGCUGUCACUGACGACAAUUCUUGCUUGCAGCGCUUCGUGUUCGGCCCGCAAAGUCAGCAGCAGCUGGUGUGGUCAAUCAUCGCCUGCAUUUUAAUCAUUUGGGAUUUGAUCACCAUCCCGCUGGAGUUCUUCGAUGUGUCGGACUUCGUGUGGGCCCUGGACAGUAUGCACUGGUUCUCCCUCUUCUUCUGGAUGUUGGACAUGCCUUCACACCUCAUCUUCGGGCUGCAGCGGGGCGGCACGUUGGAGCUCCGGCCGAGGAUGCUGGGCAUGAUCUACUUGCGAUCCUGGUUUUGUGUGGACGUGCUGGUGGUACUGAUCGAUGCCACGCUGGUCACGUUGGAAUCUGUGGGGGCGGACCUAGGCAAUGCUCUACGCUCUGCGCGCUUCUUGCGAACCUUGCGGCUUUUGCGCUUAGUGCGCUUGGUGCGGAUCGCUAAGCUACAGCGUGAGCUUUCGCUUUUGGCCACUCGCUUUCUCUCCCUCUACGCCUUUAUGGUGAUGAAGAUCGUCUCCGCACUGCUCAUGAUGUUGGCCAUCAACCACCUCAUUGCCUGCUGCUGGUAUGGCAUAGCUUCCAGGAUACCGAGCGAGAACAACUGGCUGGUGAGCAUGGGCAUGGACCAGGCUCCUUUCUUGGACUCCUACGCUGCUUCACUGCACUGGUCGCUGACCCAGUUCACCCCCGCCACCAACAACAUUGCACCGGACAAUGCCCUGGAGAGGCUUUUUGCCAUUUUCGUGAUCCUGUUGGCCAUGGGAGUCUUCUCUUCCAUCAUCGGCUCCAUCAGCUCAGCGGUGAACUCCCUCCGCGCGGUGCGCGGGGAGAAGGUCAAACGACAGGCUAACCUACUGCAGUUCUUCGUGGAGCGAGACCUGUCCCUGGAUUUGUAUGCGAAGGUUCAAGAAGUCUUGCGCAGCGAGCGAAUGGUGGAUGUGCGACUCCAGGAGAGCGAAGUAGCCCUGGUGCAGCUCCUACCCGAGCGCUACAAGAUGCAGCUGCACGAGGAGAUUUACCUGUCGCCCAUUCUUGCCCUGGGCUUUUGGCCAGAGUGGAACUACAUGGAGGACGCUUUUUUUUACCGACAACUUUGUCAUCACGCUGUGGUGGAGCACGUGGCGAAGCGUGGGCAGGAUGCAUUCAUGCCGGCGACCCCUUGCAAUGAAGUCUAUGUCAUCCAGUCAGGCCAGAUGUCGUACACUGCUGCUGCUGCCAACCAGCCACCAGACUCUGUCUCGAGCGGCGAUAUCCUGUGCUUGCCGUGUUUCUGGGCCGAAUGGCAGCAUGUCGGGCGGCUGACAGCGAUGCACGCUGGUGGAACCUGUUAUUACUUCGGCAUCAAUGCGAACGACUUUUGCAAUCUUGCCAUGCGCUCUGGAAAGCCUCUGUACCGCUAUUUGCAGGUCUUCGGAAUUCUGCUGGUAGGCGCUUAUGAGACCAUCGAAGGUGGCGAAGUCUUGACGGACCUUUGUCUCCCACCAGAACAGCUGAAGGAGCUGGCGGGCCGGGCGGCGCGCUUCGAAACGAUCCUAUCCUCCAAAUCCGGGCCAUACGGUCAAUUCGAUCAACAGAAUCACAUGGCUGCCGCACAGUUCAUGCGUAUUAUCUCCCAGGCGACCGAGAGCCAGACAAGCCACCAAUGGCUUUAAGUGAGUCUCGGCCAUUCACAGCCUCCGUAUGAAGAGAUUUUCCGCCGGGGCCCGGGGCAAAACUCAGGUCCCGGCAUGAGUCACUGGGGAAGAUCCCGGGCUCAUGCCGCCCGAAGCUUUGCGGCCCAGAGUUCGCGGAAGCAAAGCAAAGGCGGCUGUUUCACAGCACUUGACUGGCUGGCAGCUCACAAAGCCUGACCUGAAUUCUUUAGCAUGCGCUGUUCUCAGUGCUUCGGAGCUGCCCCACCCUGUGCAAGCAGGCGAGCUUUCGAAGAACCGCUCGAGGUGUCCUCCGGGCGACCGCUUGUGCAGCUCUAAAGUUUUGCGGGCGCACCAAAUGGAGAGGCUAGGAGUAUGGGCGCAAGGAGUCCUGAGAAGUCAGACUGCUUGCGCCCGUGAACAGGAGCGCGGUACACGGGCCCAACUGAGGUUGUAAAAACACCAUUUUGAAUUUAGUUUUGGUCUCCA